AUGUCUACACCCACCACCCAGAAGGCUUUCCACUUCACUGAGGUUCCUCCUCAGGGCAAGUUCGCCAUCGCCGAAAGGCCGGUGCCUACACCGGGUGACGGCGAGGUCCUCGUCCGCGUCGAGGCCGCCGCACUCAACCCCAUCGAUUGGAAGCUCACGAGCUCCCCUGAAUUCGCCAAAAUGAUGGGCAUCUUCCCCCUCCCCCUCGGCACGGACGGAGCGGGCGUCGUCGAGGCUGUCGGCUCCGGCGUCACCACCCUAUCCAAAGGCGACAAGAUCGUCUUCCAAGGUUGGUUCGCUCCGGACAAGGCUACCUUCCAGCAGUACGCGAUUGUCAACCCCGCCUUCGCAGCCAAGAUUCCAGCGAACAUCUCCCUGGACCAAGCCGCGUCCCUCCCGCUCGGCCUCAUGACCGUCCUUCUUGGCCUGUACUCUCCUGCGUCCACGAACUCGCUCAACCUCCCCCCCUUCUGGGCGACGGGCCCCUCCGCCUCCGCCGGCACCCCCGCGCUCAUCCUCGGCGGCGCGUCCUCGGUCGGCCAGUACGCCAUCCAAGCCGCCAAGCUCGCAGGCCACAGCCCGAUCAUCACGACCGCGUCCCCGCGCAACACCUCGCUGCUCACCUCGCUCGGGGCGACGCACGUCCUCGACCGCUCGCUCUCCGUCGACGCCCUCGUCGCCGCGAUCAAGGGCGCGCUCGGCGGGAAGCCGCUCUUGUUCGCGUACGACGCGAUCACGUACGCGGACACGCAGGCGGUCGCCGUCCGCGCGCUCGCGCCCGAGGGCAAGCUCGUGAUCGUGAACGCGGUGCCGAUGAGCGAGGAGGACACGAAGGCCGCCGAGGGGAAGACGGUCGUGAUGACGCAGGGGAACGUGAACGUGCCGUUCCACAACGCCGUCGGCGCGGAGAUCUUUGCGCAGCUGAGUGGCUGGCUCGAGAAGGGCGAUAUCAAGCCUAACAGCGUAGAAGUGCUUCCUAAGGGUCUGGCGGGCAUCCAGGACGGAUUGAAGCGCAUGGAGGAGAACAAGGUCAGCGCCGUGAAGCUCAUCGCGCACCCGCAAGAAAUGCCGUGA